UGCAUUUGCGCACACCGUGUGUUUGGAUUUAGUUUUCCGUCACAUUUUCCGGGGGAGUGUUGCAGCCGCUGACGACAUCAACGCACUUUUCACACACGUCGGGCAGCUGCUUUUACCUUGGUUUGUUCUUUUUUUUUGCUUCGCGAUUUGCUAACCCGCUUUGAAUUAGCCUUAAAACGUGCACAAUACUAACCCAAUGGCAAAAUGUUGUCCUACGACCUCAACGAACGCCUGCUGACAGCGGUUCAAAGUGGGGACUUUGAGCAGGCGCUGGGGUGCAUCAUGCAAGGUGCCCAGGCCUCGUAUGUAUCGCCCACAUGCGGCCGCACAGCCGUGGGCACGGCAGCCAUCCUGGGCGAUGCCGAGCUACUGGAGCUCCUGGUGCAGUCCUGCGAGGAGCCCGAGCUGGAUGUCUUUCACCAGUCUCACACGGAUACCCUGGAGAUCGAGCGGACCCCCGAAGGUAUGGAGAAACUGGAGUGGGUGGAUGAGUUCGAAAGCUGUUCGGAGAAUGGAGGCGGAAGCGGAGGAGAAGAGAGCCAGUUAUAUCAGUAUUACGCAAAAACUUUUGAGAACACCGGAGAGUUCAUAUCCCAGUGCUGUGUCUCCUGCCGGGAGCAGGAUCCUCACCUUUACGAUGCAGACUUGGCCACUCCCUUGCACUACGCCGCCUGUUGGGGGCACGAGGAGUGUGUACGAAUCCUGCUGGAACACAGUGCUCCCAUCAACGUGGUCAACAGCGAGGGCUAUGCUCCACUUCAUGUGGGAGCCGGUUUCCCAGGGGUCACCAAGCUACUGAUCAAACAUGGAGCUUUGGUAAAUGCCAAAACCCUGAGUGACGGCAAGACCGCACUUCAUGUGGCCAUCGAGAGCAAGUCGCCGGAAUCCGCCCGCUUGCUGCUCCAAACCAAUAUCAAUAUCAAUGACACGGACGACGAGGGUGAGACUCCAUUGAUGACGGCCAUUGCCUGCAGUUUGGUGGAUCUGGCUGAGGAGCUGGUGGAACGAGGAGCCCGUAUCAACAUCCAGGAUAAGGAGAAUCACACGGCUUUGCAGUAUGCGGUGAGGGGUCAUCAUGUCCAGAUGGUCAAGCUGCUUCUGGAGCGCGGAGCCCGCCGACUGGCUUCCCAGCAUCUCUUGCAUGUUGCCGUGGAAUACAACGAUCGGGAGAUAGUGCAACUAUUGCUGCAGUACGGAGAGAGUUUGUCGGUGCGGGACAGCGAUAACUUUACUCCCAUCAUGCUGGCCAUCCAUCUGCAGCGCCCCGAAAUGCUCGAGUAUCUUCUAAGCGUAGCCGAGGAGCAGCGAAAGCUGGGUCUCUACUCGGAUGUCCAGGAUGAGGGUCUGGUUUUAUUCGCCGUGCAGCAGAUCGAUUGUGUCAAAGAGUUCAGCCUAAUCCUGCGUGUAUUGCUCGCCAAACUACCCAGCGCCCGUAAGGACUUGUAUGGCUGCGGUGCUCCCACAAUCGUUUGCGGUUUGAUCUUCUGCCAAACUCCACUGUCGAGGGCCAUAAAUCUCCAUCGCCUGGAACUAGCGGAGUUCCUCAUCCACGAGGGCUGCAAUCUGGCGCAGAUUUGCCGGGAACAUGUGGUUAAUGAGCUGAGAGCCAAUUGCUCGCCUACUAGUCUGGCCUUUGCGAGGUUACUGUGCAACUCUGGCUUCCUGUUCCCGCACAAGCAUCGAGCUCUGCCCAAGGAUUGGCCACCAGUCCGUUUGGAAUUCGAGCGGGAAAUGACUUUGUUUGGCAGCCAACCACGUUCUCUGCAAUCCCUCGCUCGCCUGCAUAUUCGCAGAAGUCUCCUGAAAUCCCUCCGAACGAGUCCAGAGUUACAGCAGAAGUAUCUUCCUACCCGGGAGCGGUCUUCGCUGGGUAGGAUCGUAGAUGAGUUCGACAUACCCGCCACACUGAAGCUCUACCUCAGCGACUUUGCCGAGCUUCCCCUCGUAAGAAAAACGGAACCGGCCCAGUUACCUGUUAUAAGAUGCACAGAGUCUUGGGAUUGAUUGCGCUUUAGGAAUUUAUUCAGAUUAUAUAGGUUUUAUAAAUAUGGUUAUAUGGUAUGUAGCAUAAAGUUUUUGUAUAUUGGCGUCGAGUGUGUAGGAAGAUUGUGUAAAGUAUGUGUUAGGACUUUAUAUUUUCCUUAAUUCUGCAACACCAGAUGGAUCAACACCUUCGUUACACGACUCUGUGAUAUUAAUUUUGUUAGUAUGUAUUACAAAUUUCAAUGGAAAUUCCACACAAUUUCGAACUUUCAAAAGCCUCUUCUGUGUGUACAUCCUUCGGGGCACAAAGUUUUCAUCCCUUGCCUAAUUUACUUGCACAUUUUAUGUUUACUAGGCAUGUUUUCUAGUCUAUUUAGAUGAUUUAUCUGAUGUAUCCACUAGGUUAUUUGACUAAGCCAACGUUAAGAUUACUUUUCCAUAUACAAUCGAUCUCUCACACAAUGCAAACUGAAAAGUAUGCAAUUUUUAAAGUAGGAUUUUACAACGAUAUCGGGUGCAAUUUUAUAGAAAACGUGUUAACAGACUUAAUAAACAAAAUAAAGUUUUAAAAGAAAACA